CUCGUGCUGUUUCCUCCCUUAGCCCCGGAAGCGGUCGCUCUUCGGCUUUGCUGCCGGGCUGGAUUGCGCAAAGCGCAUCCGGGAUCCCAGGCGGGCGAUGCGCUUCGGGGCAGGUUUGCGCGGCGCAGGUAGCGCGCAGCUGCUGCUGCUCCUCCUCCUCUUUCAGCGGCUUCCCUCCGCUUUGGGGGCCGCCGAGAAGGACGAAACCAUGGUUCAGCUGCCUGGCGGGACGGUGCGAAUCCCAUCCAGCUCGUUUAAUGGUAAAAAAGAAGAUUCUCCCGCCAGCAGAGUCGAACCCUUCCUCAUCGACAGGUAUCCCGUCACUAACCGAGACUUCCGGGAAUUUGUGAGAGACCAGAAGUACACGACAGAAGCCGAGCGGUUUGGCUGGAGUUUUGUCUUUGAGGAUUUUGUGCCCGAGGACCUUAAGAAGAAAGUGACGCAGAAGCUGGAGUCGGCUCCCUGGUGGCUUCCCAUCCAGAAGGCGUUUUGGAGGCAGCCUUCAGGUCCUAGAUCUGGCAUCAAGGACAGGCUAGACUACCCCGUGUUGCAUGCCAGCUGGAAUGAUGCCCAGGCCUUCUGUGCCUGGAAAAAGAAGAGGUUACCGUCGGAGGUGGAGUGGGAGCUUGCCGCCCGGGGAGGCUUAGAGAGUACGUUGUAUCCUUGGGGAAACAAAUUCCUGCCCAAUCGCACAAACCUGUGGCAGGGUGACUUCCCCAGGGCGGACACAGCUGAAGACGGCUAUCACGGAGCAUCGCCAGUGACAGCGUUCCCUCCUCAGAACAAUUACGGGCUCUACGACCUCCUAGGAAAUACUUGGGAAUGGACGGCUUCGGUGUAUCAUCCAGACGGGCCUGCAUCCCAUCAACCGGCUCAGGAGAUGCGCGUCCUGCGGGGGGCGUCUUGGAUCGACACCGUCGAUGGGUCGGCCAACCAUAGAGCCCAGGUUGCAACCAGAAUGGGAAACACCCCAGAUUCGGCUUCAGACAACCUGAGCUUCCGUUGCGCCGCCAGCCUUCCCUGGAGGAACCCAAACCUGGAAACCGAGAGCAGAAAAGCGGAGCUCUGAAAGACAACGGCCGUCUUUUGUUCCGUGGAGACGGGUCCUCCUGCGGUUCUGCCAAGACCGAUAAGAACACGAUGUCCAGAGAGAGAAGCAUCGUGGUGUACAGCUGAGCCAAAGAAAAUUGCCCAGUCCCAUGAAAACCUGCCCGGGGAGUAAGUUGCCCUCAAAACAACGGCACCCAUUACCUCCGUACGGCUCUUAAAGGCACUGGUUUGGAAAGGGAUGGGGGUGUCAUAUUUUAGAAGCCAAAUGCCACCGUUAAAUUAAAAACAGACAAAACAACCUGCCAAAAGAGGCCACAUCCAAUAAAUAAAGCACAUUUAUUGAGGCGUCGAAAGAGCGUAAUUUUAGAAAACCGGUCCUUUCCAAUUGUUGGCUGUUAAUAAAUAGUAAUAAAUAGUCCAGAUCCUGGAAAUA